AUGCCGGAGCAGGACCACCAAGACCAAGGGAGUGAUGACGAGAUGUCCAGCUCUUCUCGUCGACCGGGCCAGGAAGACAAUGGAGCCGAGCCAUCGGCCGGCCGAAUCGCAUGCAACGGCUGCCGUAAGGCAAAACUUCGCUGCUCGAGGGAUCGACCGACAUGUUCGCAUUGCAGGAAGAAUGGUACGUCUUCUUCCUUCUUCUUCGUCUUCUUCUUCCCGAAGCUGUCGUGUAUCGACUUUUGCACUUAUAUCGAUAUUCGACUAAUGGGGAAUGUUUCAGGCCAUGAGUGUGUAUACGAUUCAAAAAGAACCAAGCCCGGGGUCAAGGCCGGCGCCAUUGAAAGCAUCUACAAAAGACUAGACGCAAUUGAACGGUCGCUCUCUGAACAAGCCAUGGCAUCUCCUGGUAUACGAGGAGAAUGCGCCAAGAUAGGAGAGGAUACAUCAGAUGGAGCCGCGGACAACAUAAUAUCCCUUUUGGCCAGAGAGCUUCCCAAGCUGGUCAAAAAAUCAAAUAGCAGCCUUGAUAAUGCCCAAGAUGCGACGCCGCCGCCGCGCAAGAGGAGGUGUAUAGAAAAUCAGCCUAGCCAUCAGGAUGACCACCCACCGCUCCCAUCUCCCGAACUGAUUGAAACCUUGGUUAAUACAUACUUUUCUCAUAUUCAUCCUUGGAUCCCCAUGUUUAAUCAAGACCGAUUUCGCCAGCGGCUCGAUGAUCUUGUGGAGUUACAGAAACUAGCCAUCAUCGUCCAGGUAAUUUCUAUAACUGUGGCGAAGUAUUUGCCUGAUUCAGAAGCUUUCUCGGGGCGGUCUCACUCAAGUUGGCCAGCAGAACGAGUGAGGAGAUGGGCAGUCACCACCGCGAUGGAAAGUCUCUCCAUUGAAGGCCUACAAGCCCUCAUUAUACUCGUUUUCAAUGAUAUUGGAAGUGGCCACGUCGAGAGAGCUUGGUCCAUCGUCGCCUCUCUUAGCCGCACCGUGGAAUAUUGCCAGCUCACGAUGGAGCACGAUGCAGGCGAUCGUCAGCCGCUUUGUCGUCCCUUCCUGUACCUAGAGCCAGCCAAGGACUGGGCCGAUGCAGAAGAAAGACGUCGGGUGUUCUGGAAUGUCUUCAUUCUCGACAGAUUCUGCUCCAUUACGAUGGGGUGGAACACGAGCUUAACUUCCAUCGACGUUCACCAACGGCUCCCUUGUGAUGGAAUCUUAUGGCGCAAACAGGAGGCCGUUCUAACGCCGUAUCUGGGUGUCUGGGACAAGUCCAUGUUGCGCAGCGGUAAUCGCGUUGGCGCCAGGUCACACUACCCAGAUGUUGACAAAAGGUCUCCCGAAGCAGGCUGCUGGAACCCGUCAACCGUAGCCUACUCAGGUUCCCAGGCUGACAUGUCGAAUGUUGGGGCAUUUGCCUAUUGCGUGGAAGCGGUCGAGUCGAUGAGCCGCGUGACUAGCGUUUUCCUCCACCAGAGAAUUGACCCCAACGACCCGAAAGAGGUGGAUACUUGGCUGGCGAGAUUUAGGGAGUUGGAUAUCCGUCUUGCUCAUUGGAAAAUGAUGCUACCACAGAAAUGGAGUUCGAACGCACCACGGCUCAGUGCCCGAAUGGACCCAAAUCUCACUCUUGCCCAUGUCACCCAUAAUGCUUCCACAAUACUACUACACCAGCUCAUUGCGUACCCUCCACACACCUGGCCAUUCCGCAAGAGGCUUCCAAGCGCCUGGAGUGCUGAAACAUGUUGCCUGGCAGGGGUUGAGAUUUCAAACAUUACGCAACAGUACCUGAAGACGACUGAGAGCAUGCUGCCUGUCACAAGCCCCUUCGCAUUCUGCGUCUUCAUGGCAGCGAAAAUGAUGAUUGUGCAUUGGCGGCAUGACUCCGCCAACCAGCUCCUAGACGCCUUCUGGACUUUGAAAGAAAGUCUUGAAGAAAUGGCAAGCCGUUGGAUAGGGGCCACAAGCGAGACGAUCAUGGUACACCCACCACUAGCGGCUAAGUAUGCCGCAAAGCUAGACGACAUAUACGGAAGAUGCUUGCGAGAUAGCAACUUCCAGAUCGAUGCUACGGACUUUACUUGUGAAAUAGACCACCUGGACACAACUUCCACGGAAAAUCACAACUUCUCCACGUUUGCGCCUGUACAUCAUCGUCCGACUCCCACUUAUUCCUCGGGACACGAAUCCGAGGCAGGUGGCAGUCAGUGGGAUGGUGGCCAAGCCGCUCUGCCGGGCAAGUUACCAUUCGCAAGCCUCAACACUCCGAGUACUCUCGGGCGCCCGGCUGCCAGCUCGUCGUCUGCUCAGGUAGGCACCACUGAGGGCAGUCGGUUUUAUUUAGAUAAUGAUGCCAUGUUUACACCCAGCGGGGUCGGAGAGAUGGGCGGUGCAAUAACCCAGGCCGUUGAUGAAUAUUUUAUGAACCUAGACCGUGUGAUAGCUUUUGACGACGGAAGUCUCUUCACAGCAGACAUGGAAAGCGGAUGGUAG